AUGAUUGUUAUUCAUGGUGAGACGAUUCUGGACCUUGGCAGCGGCAGUGGCAUUGACGUCCUCCUGGCGGCCCGUAAAGUCGGGGUCAAUGUACAGGCAAUCGGCGUUGACAUGACAAAGAGCAUGAUCGAACUCGCUGAGAAGAAUACGCAGAAGGCGGGAGUCUCCAACGCCAAGUUUAUUGAAGCAACUAUCAAUUCCGUGCCACUGCCAGACUCCAGCGUCGACUGCAUCAUUAGUAACUGUGUCGUCAACCUCGUCCCAGCGACCGACAAGCCGGCCGUCUUUAAAGAGAUUGCUCGCCUACUGAAGCCGGGCGGAAGGGUUGCCAUCAGUGAUAUUCUGGCUCGAAAGCCGCUCCCGGAUCACAUUACUAAGAACACGGCGCUGUAUGUUGGGUGUGUUGCCGGUGCGAGUGAGAUUGCGAGGUAUGAGGAGUACCUUGAGCAGGCCGGAUUCGAGGGAGUGCUCGUUGUUGACACGAAGUCGGACCUGAAUCUUUACAAGCAGUCGUCGUAUUUGUCUCAGAGCUCGUGCUGCGGCAGUUGGGGUUCGAGCUCGUUUCGGAUCUACGCUAUCAAGGCUUAG